AUGGUCAUAAGGAUCAGAAGGGUCAGAGGGUCAGAAGGGUCAGAGGGUCAGAAGGGUCAGCGGUCUGAACAUACCAAAUCAUACUACUCUGGUCGCCUGAUCUCCUUAAGGGAAAACAUAACAUGGCCUCCUCGCUCCCCUGAUUUGAGUCCAUGUGACUAUUUCUUAUGGGGAUAUCUCAAAGCUGAAGUUUUCAAACAUCGACCUAGAACCAUUGAAGAACUAAAAGUGGCCAUCCGUCAAGAAAUCUCAGCGAUUCCACUCGAUAUGCUGGCGAGAGUAAUGGACAACUUUCGAGAACGGCUCCAUAUGUGCGUUGCUCGUCACAGCAAUCAUUUAGACGAUAUUAUUUUUAAAAAAUAA